CGAUUCCUUCUUUUGAUUUUCUUUCGGCGAAUUGAACGGAUGUGAAAAUGGAGCUCUCUAAUUAACAAUAAACCGAAAUCCAAAAGCAUCGCUGCCGAAAUGUACCAAGUCUCCCGUUAAACCGGCAGAAGUUUUGGGCAAAAGCGAAGAAAACCUUACUGCUGCAGAAUGUAUUUGUACAACUUGACCCUGCAAAAGGGCACAGGCGUGACCCACGCGGUGCACGGCAACUUCUCUGGCGGAAAGCAGCAGGAGGUCCUGCUGUCACGUGGCAAGUCCCUCGAGCUGCUCCGUCCGGAUUCGAACACCGGAAAGGUCCACACGCUCCUUUCCACAGAGAUCUUCGGAUGUAUUCGUGCUCUGAUGGCCUUCCGACUGACCGGCGGAACUAAAGAUUACAUUGUGGUUGGUUCCGAUUCGGGUCGCAUUGUGAUCCUCGAGUACAAUGCCACCAAAAAUGCACUGGAAAAGGUUCACCAGGAGACCUUUGGCAAGUCGGGAUGCCGGCGGAUCGUGCCCGGUCAGUACUUUGCCAUCGAUCCCAAAGGCCGAGCAGUGAUGAUUGGCGCCGUGGAGAAGCAGAAGUUGGCCUACAUCAUGAACCGGGACACCCAGGCCCGUCUGACGAUCUCAUCGCCUCUGGAGGCGCACAAGUCGAACACCCUCACAUAUCACAUGGUGGGCGUGGACGUGGGCUUCGACAAUCCCAUGUUUGCCUGCCUGGAGAUCGACUACGAGGAGGCCGACAUGGACCCAUCAGGUGACGCUGCCCAGCGCACUCAGCAAACGCUGACCUUCUACGAAUUGGAUCUGGGCUUGAACCACGUGGUUCGCAAGUACUCAGAACCCCUGGAAGAGCACGCCAACUUUUUGGUUUCGGUGCCUGGCGGCAACGAUGGUCCCUCGGGCGUGCUCAUCUGCUCGGAGAACUACCUGACCUACAAGAAUCUCGGCGAUCAGCACGACAUCCGUUGUCCCAUUCCGCGCAGGAGGAACGAUCUGGAUGAUCCCGAGCGGGGCAUGAUUUUCAUCUGCUCGGCCACCCAUCGCACCAAGAGCAUGUACUUCUUCCUGCUGCAAACGGAGCAGGGAGACAUCUUCAAGAUCACUCUGGAAACGGACGACGAUGUGGUGUCCGAGAUCAAGCUGAAGUACUUUGACACGGUGCCUCCGGCCACGGCCAUGUGUGUGCUCAAGACGGGCUUCCUUUUCGUGGCCAGUGAGUUUGGCAACCACUACCUUUACCAAAUUGCUCAUCUGGGUGACGAUGAUGACGAGCCGGAGUUCAGUUCGGCCAUGCCCUUGGAGGAGGGCGAAACCUUCUUCUUUGCGCCUCGAGCCCUGAAGAAUCUGGUUCUGGUGGACGAACUGCCCUCGUUUGCCCCGAUCAUCACCUCCCAGGUGGCCGAUCUGGCCAACGAGGACACCCCUCAGCUGUACGUGCUGUGCGGUCGAGGACCUCGCUCCACACUGCGAGUCCUCCGUCACGGCUUGGAGGUUUCCGAGAUGGCCGUCUCCGAGCUGCCCGGUAACCCAAACGCAGUUUGGACUGUGAAAAAACGAGCUGAUGACGAGUUCGAUGCCUAUAUCAUUGUGUCCUUCGUGAACGCCACCCUAGUGUUGAGCAUUGGCGAAACCGUCGAGGAAGUGACGGACAGCGGCUUCCUGGGCACCACGCCCACCCUUUGCUGCGCCGCCUUGGGCGACGAUGCCCUGGUUCAGGUUUACCCCGAUGGCAUCCGGCACAUCCGGUCCGACAAGCGCGUGAACGAGUGGAAGGCCCCCGGCAAGAAGUCGAUCACCAAAUGCGCCGUCAACCAGCGCCAGGUGGUCAUCACCUUGUCGGGCAGGGAGCUGGUCUACUUUGAAAUGGAUCCGACUGGAGAGCUGAACGAAUACACCGAGCGAUCGGAAAUGCCUGCCGAGAUCAUGUGCAUGGCCCUGGGAACAGUUCCAGAAGGCGAGCAGCGCUCCUGGUUCUUGGCCGUCGGCUUGGCGGACAACACCGUGCGCAUCCUUUCGCUGGAUCCCAACAACUGCCUGACCGCCUGCUCCAUGCAAGCGUUGCCCUCGCCAGCGGAGUCGCUCUGCCUGGUGGAGAUGGGACACACGGAGAGCACGACGCAGGGAGCUCUGGACGAUGAGGCUCCAGCGCCGCGAAGUGGUAGCAACAAGGGAACCAUCUACCUAAACAUCGGCUUGAGCAACGGCGUGCUGCUGCGAACCGUUCUCGAUCCCGUCUCCGGGGAUUUGGCGGACACCAGGACCCGGUAUCUGGGCUCCCGUCCGGUGAAGCUCUUCCGGAUUAAGAUGCAGGGCUCUGAGGCUGUGCUGGCCAUGUCCAGCCGAACCUGGCUGUCGUACUACCACCAGAACCGCUUCCACUUGACGCCUUUGUCCUACGAAACACUGGAGUACGCCUCCGGUUUCUCGAGCGAGCAGUGCAGCGAGGGCAUAGUGGCCAUUUCCACCAAUACCCUGAGAAUUCUGGCCCUGGAAAAGCUGGGAGCUGUCUUCAAUCAGGUGGCAUUCCCCCUGCAGUACACUCCGCGCAACUUCGUCAUCCACCCGGACACAGGUCGCAUGCUCAUCGCGGAAACGGACCACAAUGCCUACACAGAGGACACGAAGACCGCGCGCAAGGAGCAGAUGGCGGAGGAGAUGCGCAGUGCGGCGGGGGAUGAGGAGCGCGAGCUGGCCCGCGAGAUGGCCAACGCCUUCAUCAACGAGGUGCUGCCCGAGGACGUCUUCUCGUCCCCGAAGGCGGGACUGGGCCUGUGGGCCUCGCAGAUCCGCUGCCUGGACGCCAUGCACGGCCAGACGAUGUUCAGUGUGCCGCUGACGCAGAACGAGGCCAUCAUGUCGAUGGCCAUGCUGAAGUUCUCCAUCGCGGCCGAUGGUCGUUACUACCUGGCCGUGGGCAUUGCCAAGGACCUCCAGCUGAACCCGAGGAUCUCGCAGGGCGGCUGCAUAGACAUCUACAAAAUAGACCCCACCUGCUCGAGCCUGGAGUUCAUGCAUCGCACGGAGAUCGACGAGAUUCCCGGGGCCCUCUGCGGCUUCCAGGGUCGCUUGCUGGCCGGCUGCGGUCGCAUGCUGAGGAUCUACGACUUUGGCAAGAAGAAGAUGCUGCGCAAGUGCGAGAACAAGCACAUUCCCUACCAGAUCGUCAACAUCCAGGCGAUGGGCCAUCGGGUGUACGUGUCGGAUGUGCAGGAAUCGGUGUUUUUCCUGCGCUACCGUCGCGCUGAGAACCAGUUGAUCAUCUUCGCCGACGACACGCAUCCCCGCUGGGUGACGGCCACCACUCUGCUGGACUACGACACCAUAGCCAUCGCCGACAAGUUCGGCAACCUGAGCAUCCAGCGGCUGCCGCACUCAGUGACCGACGACGUGGACGAGGACCCGACGGGCACCAAGUCCCUGUGGGAUCGUGGUCUGCUGUCCGGCGCUUCGCAGAAGUCGGAGAACAUCUGCUCCUUCCAUGUGGGCGAGAUCAUCAUGUCGCUGCAGAAGGCCACGCUCAUUCCCGGCGGAUCGGAGGCGCUCAUCUACGCCACAUUGAGCGGCACCGUUGGCGCCUUCGUCCCGUUCACCAGCCGCGAGGACUACGACUUCUUCCAGCACCUGGAGAUGCACAUGCGCAACGAGAAUCCACCGCUCUGCGGACGCGAUCACCUUAGCUAUCGAAGCUCCUAUUAUCCGGUCAAGAACGUCCUGGAUGGCGACCUCUGCGAGCAGUAUCUAUCCAUCGACGCCGCCAAGCAGAAGAGCAUCGCCGGCGACAUGUUCCGCACGCCCAAUCAGAUCUGCAAGAAGCUGGAGGACAUACGCACUCGAUAUGCCUUCUAAGAUUCCAGCUGAAGACAAAUCAGAAGCUCAAAGGGGGGAACUAUCUUUAUUGGAUAAGUUCCAUCCAACAAAACCAUUAAACGCUGCCCUUAAAACGUUUUUAAG